UUGAUUCCUUGCUAUUGUUUGGGUCUCGUGCGUGGCAAGUCCAAUCCUUAUCCUUCCCCUUCAUUUCUGGGUUUUUAUUAUUUGAUUGAUUUUUAUACUUUUUUUUUGUUCUCUGGUUGAGUCCCGUUUAUUUUAAUGCGUGCAUUGUCAACUGAGACAUUUGCACGACCGAGUCUCGAUGCUGAACAUUCAUCUCGAAAAGUAUUUGAAUUACAACGUGAACGAACCGAAGUAAAAUUUGAAAUUUGGUCACGAUCGCGUAAUUCGGUACUGCUUGUUCUCACGGCCAUCUUUGAAGCACUCGUCGUCAUUGCUUUGGAAGCUGUCAUUUUCGAGAAGUUCAAACCGUUUUCAAAGAAAGAGUUGGGAACGGGGAUCCCCGUGUACUUGAUCAUCUUUAUUUUGUCACAAGUGUUUCAGGUCGCGUUGGCAUGGGAUGCAGUCCGUGCGCAGAAUACGAUUCAGGUGAUCGCACUGCUUCUCUUCAACCUUUGUUGCUUUGGCUACGCUGUCUUUCAAUUUAAACAAAUUUUCAAAGCGCUUGAUGCUUACACGGAGAUCUCCGCUCAAGUCCUGCGACAGCUUAUUGAACACUUGUUGAUCGUAAAUGCAGUCAUCACAGGGGUUUGUCAGUUGAUCUAUUUUUAUCUGGGAGCAAGAUUAUAUCAAGAAUUCGGUUGGCGGAUUUACAAAAAGAUUGGUGCCGACCCAGAAAUUCGAAACAUGUAUCGAUGGUAUCAAAUCUUGUUGACAAUCCUGAAACUCGACAUUUUCUUUUUCCUUGGUUACUCCAUUCAAUAUUUGGUGCUGGUGCUCAAAAACAAUGACAGCGAAUUCCCAUUGACCAUCACCGCUCUCCCUUUGACGUGUCUGUUUCUGAUCCUCACUGUGUACGCUGUGCGACGCGAAUCGACACCGCUUGUAUUGUUGGUAUUUUUGGGUCUCGCAGCGGGCUGUGCAUAUUUCAUCUUCAAGAUUUGCCGCAUGUACCAACCCGAUCAGGAGUACAAAUACGUCUACGUGAAUGAAUUUCUCACAUUUUUCGCGAGCGUAUCCCUUUUGCUGGUGGUAUUGACCAUUAUCAACGUCGCCAUUUGUUGGCGGAAUUUCCACAAAGGGUUAAAACCUCACUUAUUACGCGAUCAUCGCACUUCUUCCCUGACCCAUAAUCCCGGUGAACGAACGUUAUCCUUGGAUUAGACGUUUUCUUUUUGCAUUCCCGCCGAGUAAGACCAAGUAGCCGAACAAGAACCAUCUCAUCUUUUCUUUUUUUUUCUGAUUUUUGCCACUACAUGUCUAUCCCUCUUCUUCUUCGUCUUGCCUAAUUUUUCAUCUUUGACGCGUUUCUUCUCCUUAGCUCUUCAACUUCUUUCUGUUUAUCUAUCUAUCUAUUCCCCUGUCUUUGUAUGCAUUUCAUUAUUUUUUUUACCCCAUGGCUUCCUUUUGCGUGUCGUUUGCGAACUGGUUUCAUGCGACAACAUUUCUUUUUUUCUUUAUAACAUCAGUUUUUCUUUU